UGGUGAUAUCAUCAAUUUUUCUUCAUUUGUAAAUAAAUAAGCUAUUACUUUAUACUUAAUACAGUGUCGGGAAGUGUCCAAAUUUAAGUGAGGUCAGGCGUAAGAGAAUGAAUAGAAAUAGCAAAAACCGAAUCGCGAAGUUCCGCUAAAUUUAGCUGGGCGGGCGGAGUGAUGCGGCGCGCGAGUCGAUACGGAGCGCGACCUCGCUUUGUAUUCCACAGCGCUCGACUCGUUAUUGACAAUACAGACGUUAAAAUCGUCAAUUGAUUUUGUAUUUUGUUUGAAAUAUCGUAAAAAAUUAAAGGAAGUGCAAUAAUGAAAUAAUUUAAAUUUUACAACUAAUUGUUGGUGCUCAGCGAAGUGGAGAUUAAUAUGUUCUAGUUUAGGAAUAGCGUACCACUCCUCGUAUCCAUUUAUCUUUAAGAUAGUAUAGGUGAUGAUCGGCGACGUAGAAGGAGAGGCACCGCGCCUUCGCCCCCUAUCCGGAGGGAUUUGGACACUCUUCUCUUGGCUACGACGUUCAGAGCGCUCUAUUUCGGAUGAAAGCAUUAACAGUGUAGGAUCUGAUCGUACAGUUGCCAGUUUUGAUUUCUUAGCUCCAUUUCAUUAUAAGCACGUGAACCCUCUUAUUUUACCGCAAAGUCCUCUCACUGAUACUUACAAAAAAAGACUUCACGAGAGAAAUCUUCAACGGCAAUACGACCGUGGUCUUAGCUUGCGUAGAAAAUACGGUCUCUAUACAGAAGAAGGAUUAGGUUACGACGCCUUUAGUCUACCACCAGCCCGAAAAAUACCCAAAGAUCCUUUACAAAACAGACAACGACGUGCCAUAAGCGAGAGUACCAUCCAACCACGAGCUGCUUACGUGCCGGGAAAGCGGCGUGCUCCUUUACCACCCACAGCUGUUAUUUCAACUUCCUUACCUCGAAAUUAUAAAAGAAAGAGGCCCGCACCUAAGCCCCCAGUAAAAUUAACGGAACAUAACAAAGAAAACGACGACAUAAAAGAAAAGAUUCAAAUGAGUUCAAAGGCUAUUUUUGAUCAACAUUCUUGCGACAGUAACAAUAAGAUAGCUGACUAUAAAACAAACAAAAAUACGAAAAAAGAUAAUUCAAGUAAAGAAAUUAAAUUAAGAUCAGAAAAAAGUUUUCUUAAACAAAUUUUUGAUGGUAAAAAAAGAAACUCAGCAAUAGAUACAAAUUAUAUUAAAGUACUUCCUAGCAUAAGUGAAUUAGAUAAACAAGCGGCUGAAAUAAUACAAAAUAAGAAGUUAUUGCACACCGAAUCAGAAUCUCAGAGCGAGGGGAACUGGAUUUGUACAAUUUGCUUGAGAAAAUAUAACGCAACUAUAAUAUCUUGUAUGUACUGUGGGAAAGGAAAUUCUUAUAAACCCAAUAAACCUGAUAUAAAAACAUCGACAGUCGGUUCUAAUAUGUGUACACAAACAGAAAACAAUGCGUUCAAAUCAAAUAAUAGAAAUGAAAUUGACGAAAAGAAACAACUUAAAAAGAUGUUAAAGGAAAUGAAAGAUUCGCUGCCUAAAAAAUCUAAGAAUUAUGAAGGGAAUUGUGUUAAAAACAAGCAAACAAUAACAACAGCAACGGAGAUACCAACAUUACGAAUAGGAUCGACAGUUAGAAAUCAUAAAAAUAGUACCCAAGGCACGCGCGUGGAAAAUUAUUUUGAAAAAGAAUCUGAAAGAAGACUCAAAAUUCAAAGUGCAAAAGAUAUGUUUUUAACAGCUCAACCGUCUUCUUCGAAACAAAUACCUUCCACUUCAAAAUAUAUAGAUGAUAACGAGAAAGUUAUGAAAAUGGAAUCACACCAUGUUAUCAAGAAUUCUAGCAAAGAUGACGAAGUUCAAACGCCAUCUUCAAGUUCAUUUAAUGAUAAUGUUCAAAAACAAUUACUCCACAAUGAAAUAUCUCCAUUACUAAUAAAAUCAAUUGAACAAAAACAGCUAAAAAACGCUAAUGAUGAAACAAGAUUAAAUUUAAAUGGUGUUUUACCUCAGAUAAUAGACAAAAAUAAAAUGUUAACUUCUUCAGAUCGGCUCAUUACUAAGUCGGCUUUCGAAAAAGAAUUGUCGUCAUUAACAGAGGAACGAAAAAUUGCUUCGAAAGAAAAUCCUAUCAAUCAACCUACACCAAAUAUUACAGAUUUAAAAAUCGCUCAUAAAAAUACAGAAAAAAGUAACAGUGUAUCUGAAAAACAUCAACUGAAUAACGAGGAAAAUUUCAUAAAAAAUAAAGCGGCGACUGAAAUUUCAAGAAAUGUGAAGGUGGAUGAAAAUUUUACACAAAAAUCUGAAUUAAAGAUAAAGUCAGAUUUUAUAACAAACAAUAAUAAGCUUCAUUUAGUUGAUGUGAAUUUACAUAAAAAAGUACAAAAAAUGGACAACAGUACAAAUAAUAACUUGCAUAUACCUUUAAAAAUAUCAUCUUUGUUAAAUCCGUUUUAUAGUCCCAAAUAUAAUAAUCCAGAUGAUGACAAGAACGUUUCUGAAAAAGAUAACAUUAAGAAGUUAGUAUUUGAACAAAAACUAAAUUCGGAAAAUCAAAAUAAUAUAUUUUCUCUAAAAUUACCGUCUACAAGCUCAACAACUACUAAUCACUUAAAAAAUGAGGUUCCAAAAAGGGAAGAAACUAUAAUUGGAGAAUCAAAACAAGGAGAAGUAGAUACGCCAACAGUAAAUAUUAUUUCAACUGCAAUAACUUCUAUUAAUAAUUUAGAUCAUCAUGCUCGACGUAGGGAUUUAAUAAAUCAACUUGAGCAGUCAAUUGCUAAUGGUGACGAACAAACAGCUGCGGCAGCUGCAGCUAAACUUGCAAAACUGAAAUUAUCAUGUUCUGUACUCUCAUUCUCAUCACAAAUAGUAGGUGGGCCUCGUCUUACAGCAAAUAAAAAGGAAUAUUUUGAAGGGAGUUUAAAUGAUAAAAAACUAGAUCAACCUCAAGUAAAUCAAGAAUCAAUUGUGAAAACAGAAAAAAAAGCUAUAUUAACACAAGAAUCAUCAAAAUUGACAAAUGUAUUGACCAAUAAUACACCUGUAGAUGGGAUUAUUGUAGAUAAGCCAGUAGCAUCAACAUCUUUACAAAAACAAGAUGAAAUACUUCCAAUUGAUGUUUGGAUUGAAGAUAAAGAUGCAACAAGGGGACCAAUUCGUUUGCUCGUCACUAGGAAAGCAGUGGUGGGAGAAUUAAAACGGCAAGCAGAAAAGUCGUUAGGGCUUCAAAUUAGCAUGCAACGCUGGAUUAUUGGCAAAACACUUUGUUCCAAUGACAAUACACCUCUCAUUGCACUUGCUGGCCCCGAUCUCGUUGCUCCAUUUUAUUUGUGCCUGGUUGAGACCGAUAUAAAUAAAGAAAAAAUCGAUGAAACUAAAAUUGAAAUUGAUAAAAAUAACGAUAUUAAUAAAGCGAAAAACAAAGACUCUAGCGAUGUUUACACAGAAUUGAUGAAGUUAGAACAACAAGCUCUUGUUCCUAACUCUGAAGUAUUCGAUUGUGGGGUUUGUAUUGAGCAAUGUGCCAUUGGUGAAGGCGUUGUACUUAGGGAAUGUAUACAUACAUUUUGUAGGGAAUGUCUCGCUGAUGUCGUCCGUCACUGUACGGAACCAGUAGUUUCAUGUCCAGCUAUAGCUUGUCAUGGGACUAUUCAAGAACGCGAAAUACGCGCACUGCUCUCUCCAGAAGAUUAUGAGAAAUGGCUAGCAAGAAGCUUAGCUGCAGCAGAAAGUGGUACACGAAAUACAUUUCAUUGUCGUACACGGGAUUGUACAGGUUGGGCCUUUUGUGAACCUGGGGUUCGAAGAUUUCCAUGUCCCGUAUGUAAUCACACCAACUGUUUACCGUGCCAGGCUGUUCACGACGGUGAAACUUGUGAUCAAUAUCAAAUUAAGCUGCGUGCAGCUGUAACUGCUGUUGAAUCUGAUCAAACUGAUGUAGGAACUCAGGCUUUGCUGAAAUCUUUAAUAGAACGUGGUGAAGCACUCGAGUGUCCUGAAUGUAAGGCUAUUAUUACGAAAAAAUGGGGCUGCGAUUGGAUAAAGUGUUCCGCGUGUAAAACUGAGAUAUGUUGGGUAACGAAAGGACGACGCUGGGGUCCAGGUGGCAAGGGUGACACUACUGGAGGAUGUCGUUGUGGAAUUGACGGAAAACGAUGCCAUCCCUCGUGUGGUUAUUGUCAUUAAAUUAUUUAUUAUAUUAUUCAGUGUUGUAUUUUGUUAUAACUGUAUCAUUGUGUGAAUCAAUAUAAAUUUAUAUAAAGAUUAUAAUUUAUUA